AUGGGAAUUUCAAAUAGCCAAAAAACGCCAUAUUUAUUAGAUAUUCACACAAUGGCAGCAAAUCUUGAUGAUUGUCCUGAAGAUUUUUUAAAUAUUGAUCAAGUGGGUCAUGUUUAUAUUGUUCAACAUAAAUCGAAGGUGUCAAUGGUCAAAUGUGCUCAUUUUAGUAUUUAUAUUGAUAUAGCAGGUGAAAGUACACCAGGUGAACGCUUAGCCGGUUUACACAUCCAUAUUGGUGUACCUAAUUUAACAACAAUUAAAACACGUCUUAUUUACAAUUAUGAAUAUGAUAAUUGGAAUGAUUUUGAUGACGUUCGAUUUAUCGGUCAAUUAAAUUCAAAUGAUAUAACAGCAUAUCGAACACCAAUUUUUUAUGCUUUGAUUCUAAAACAAUCUAUAGAGAAAUGGUAUACUGAACUUGUUAAGUCCAAUGAUCGUAAAUUAACCUGGUCAAGUGUUUUAAAUUGUCAACAAUUUGCUUAUAAAAUAAUUAACAAUCUUGGAUUUAAUUGGCCUCCAGACUAUCAUGUAGCUGGUGAUGUUCCUCCAUGUAUCGUUGAUACUUAUAUAAAAGCAAAACAAGUGACUGCUAUAACAACUAAAAGUAUUCAAUAG